CACGGAGGUGGAGGCGGUGGUCACGGAGGCGGCGGUGGCGGUCACGGAGGUGGAGGUGGUGGAGACCACGGCGGCCACUGGGAAAAGGGCGGGGGCAAGAAGCACCACUCCGACCACCACGAGAGCGCCGGCCACAAGGGCGACAAGGGCUACAAGGGCCACCACUCGUACGAGAAGGGUGCCAAGGGCGAGCACGACAAGGAGGGCCACAAGGGCCACUACGCCGACCACGGCGGCAAGAAGAAGAGCCACCACGAGGACGGCGGACACUACGGCGAGCACCACCACGGCGAGAAGGGCGAGAAGGGAGCCAAGUACGGCGAGGGUGGCAAGCACUCCAAGGGCCACAGCACCAAGGGAGGACAUUCGGUGCACAAGAAGGACGAGUACGAGAAGAAGCACGAGUUCUACGACGAGCACCACGAGGGUGGCGAGCACGAGAAGGGCGGCGAGUUCCACGCCCACCACGAGGCCAAGGGCGGCGGCCACAAGAAGGGCGGCCACCACCACGGCGAGCACCACGAGGCGCACCACGGCAAGAAGGGCCACCACGAAAAGGGCGGCCACCACGACGACCACAAGGGCCACAAGUCCGCCGGCGGCCACGAGGAGCACCACGAGCACAAGGACGACUACGGCAAGAAGGGAGGACACGACGAGGGCAAGCACUGGGGCUACAGCUCCGGAGACGGCGGCGGCGGCGGCGGCGGU